UCCAUUAAACUAAAAACCACAUCCAUUAAACCAAAAGUUUCCAAAACGACAUGUCGUUCUCAAAACCAAACCCUCUCUUCCUCACUUUCUCAAUAUUACUCCCUCUAAUUUUCCUCCAUGCAGCCAAUGCCACUGACCCUCUCUUCCAUUUUUGCUUCAACAAAGAAAACUUCACAUCCAAUAGCCCAUUUGCCAAAAACUUAAACGAACUCCUCACCAACCGUUUGCCCAUCAAAGUACCUCCGACUGGGUUCGGAGUCAGCUCGACCGGCCAAGGUGGCGGUGGCAACAGCCAAGUCAACGGGCUCGGCCUCUGCCGCGGUGAUGUCUCAACCGAAAGCUGCAAGACCUGCGUGGCUGAUGCUGCCAAAGAGCUUCAGGAGCGCUGUCCUUACAACAAAGGAGCCAUUGUUUGGUACGACAAUUGCCUCUUGAAGUACUCGGACGGCAACUUCUUCGGUCAAAUCGAUAGCGGUAACAGGUUCUACAUGUGGAACGUUAAAGACGUGGAUAAUCCCGAGUCGUUUAACCCAAAGGUGAAGGAACUGUUGAGUGGGUUGUCAUAUAAAGCUUCGAGAACAUCAAAGUUGUAUGCCACCGGUGAGCUCGAGCUCGGGGCUGGACCGGACCCGAAGCUGUAUGGUCUGGCUCAGUGUACUCGGGACCUUAAUGGGAUGGACUGUAAGAAGUGUCUUGAUGAUGCAAUAAGCGAACUUCCAAACUGUUGCACUGGAAAAAUAGGAGGUCGUGUUGUUGGUGGUAGUUGCUAUGUUAGAUAUGAGGUUUACUCUAUUGUUGAUGCUUGAUUAUAGUUGAUUACAUCUUUUAUCGUUAUAUCAUAAUAUAGUGCUUUAAAUAAUUAAUUAUGAAUAAAUGUUAGCUGUUUUCAUCAUCAUCCGGUAAAUUAUUAGAUCAUGUGUACGCCCCCGUGGUUAAGUUUACUUCGGUUAAUAAUUACUAUUUAUUAAUGCGUAAGAUCAUAAUUAAGUCU